UUGCGUCCCCCAGUCCUUUAAGAAAAAAACUGGAACCCUCGAACCCCUGCGAACUCCUUCCCUUUCUUGGUCUCAUCUUCGUUGAUCCCUCGUUGUUUCUCUCCCUUCUCUCGUUCUGGUGCUCUCUCUUCCUCUCCCAAUGGCGACCGCUCUCGAGAAGAGGGCGAAGGAAGCUUUCGUCGACGAUAACUUCGAUCUUGCCGUGGAUCUCUACACGCAGGCCCUCGACAUGGACCCCACGAACGCAGAUCUCUACGCCGACCACGCCCAGGCCAAUAUCAAGCUCGACAACUUCACUGAACUGCUUGUAUCAAACUUGAAGAAUAUCAGACUGCGAAGACAGCUCUUGAAGCAGGUGCCUUGUUGGCACCUGGAGAUUCAAGAUUCACACAAUUGAUCAAAGAAUGUGAUGAGCGCAUUGUAGAGGAAACUAUUAAUCUGCCCAAAAAGGUGAUGCCCGAUGCUUUACCAAGUACCAUGUCUCCUCCAUCAAAUAUAUGUACUGAAAUCAGAAAGUUUCCUCAGUUCCCAAAAGAUUCACCCUGUCAAUCUGAACUAAUCCCAAACAAACCAAAGUACAGGCAUGACUAUUAUAAUUCUUCUACAGAAGUGGUUUUGACCAUUUUUGCUAAGGGUAUUCCAGCUAACAAUGUAUCUGUUGACUUUGGUGAGCAAAUGUUGAGUGUUCUAAUAGACAUCCCUGGGGAGGAAACAUAUCAUUUUCAACCACGUUUAUUUGGAAAGAUUAUACCAGAAAAAUGCAGAUAUGCUGUCAUGUCUUCCAAAAUUGAAAUCCGUCUUUCAAAAGCCGAACCUAUCACAUGGAUGUCUUUGGAAUUUAGUGACAGGAGAACAGUCCCCCAGAAGAUAAACACACCAUCAGCACCAAUAUCCAAGAGACCCUCUUACCCAUCAUCCAAAGCUAAAGUCGAUUGGGAUAAGCUGGAAGCUCUGGUGAAAAGGGAGGAGAAAGAGGAGAAGCUAGAUGGUGAUGCAGCAUUGAACAAAUUGUUCCAGGAUAUAUAUCAGGAUGCUGAUGAGGACGUAAGACGAGCAAUGAACAAAUCCUUUAUUGAAUCGCAUGGCACGGUGCUCUCUACGAAUUGGAAAGAUGUGGGUUCGAAGAAGGUAGAGGGAAGUCCACCUGAAGGGUUGGAGCUGAAAAAAUGGGAGUACUGAUCUUAUUGCUGAUACUAUCAUGGUGCAGCUUUUAUUGGCAACACGGCUGUGCAUCUCAGUUCAAGGGCAGAACUAGAACUGUACGAUUUCACUUUGGAUCAGCUUUUCGUUACAAAGUGGCCGAUGUCACGUCUUUCAAUGUUUGACACAGCUCGCUAGAGGUUGAUAUGAUUUUUUUUUUCCUCUCCCGGAAGAUUGCCUUUUUUGGGGUUGUAUUUGCUGAAUUUUUUUGGGGUUGUAUUUGCUGAAUUCUGUUGUUCUAUUCGUCCUUGGCUUGUGAAGUUCUCUUCGUUUUGUCUGUUUGGUUGGCACCUGUUGUAUUUUGGUCCACUAGAGGAGAGCGUAUUUGGUCUGGCCAAAUUUGGUACCUUCUCUGCGCCUUUACUGAAACAUGUUUAUUAACAGUUCGGUCAGGAGAUGCUUUGUUA